GGAUUACCACCGUAUUACGAGUGAUGAGAAUUGAACAUAAACUGGUGGGAAGUACGGCGAUCUAGUCACUCUGUGUCCCUCAUCACUCAACCGCCCUAUUCCACCACACGCAUCGACAGCCACCAACCCUGAAAGUGGCGAUGGAAAUCCCGAUGGAUGUGAUAAAGCAGGUGCAGAUCUCGCUUCGGAAAGAAGCGAACAUGUCGUCCUACGACCCAGACGACGCGCCGUUGCCCAAUCUGCCUUCGGUCGAAGAAACCCUGGCGGAGUUGGAUCCAUCGCCGCCGUACCUGAGGUGCAUGCAUUGCAAGGGGCGGCUGCUGAGGGGCGUUCAGACGCUGACCUGCGUCUUCUGCGGCAGAGAACUCUGCAAGGACCUGCCUCCUGACCCCGUCAAUUUCCGGGAUACUUUUGGGUACCGGUGGCUGCUCCAGUCCCUGAGCUUAAGUGGAUCGGAGAUAGUGGAUUUACCUAUUGGAGCAAAUGAAUUAAACAGAGGACAGACUGCACGGAAGGAUGAGUUAAGUCUGUCUGAUCUCUUAAAUCUUGAAAUAAAAUGGACCUCUAGGCCAGAGAAAAUUGGGACUGAUCUCUCAAAUGAGAACCCCAAUCUACCCAAAUUACCAGAUUUGGUUGGAGUCAAUCUCGACAACUUUUUCUUUGAAGGAAACAAAGACCGUGCUUCGGGUAGUUCUGAAGGGCUGUUUGGGUCUAACACACAGAUUGUCAGUAAAGAGAGUUUCCAAGUUCAUGAAACUCUUAGUUUGUUUCAGAAUGUAAAGCCUUUUGAGACAGUUGUGCAGACUACUGAAGGAGGGGGUGGUGAUUCUGGUUGGGCCGCAAGUUUUCAGUUUGCUGCUUCUGAAUCGCUUCCUCAAGCUUCUGGAAACCUUCCUCAAGCUUCUGACACCCUUCCUCGAGCUUUUGAAAACCUUCCUUUAGCUUCUGAAAACCUUCCUCAAGCUUCUGAAACCCUUCCUCAAGCUUCUGAAACCCUUCCUCGAGCUUCUGAAAACCUUCCUUUAGCUUCUGAAAACCUUCCUCAAGCUUCUGAAACCCUUCCUCAAGCUUCUGAAACCCUUCCUCAAGCUCCUGAAAGCUUUCCCCAAGAAUCAAAAUCCCUUGACCCCUUUGUGGGUUCCACGGUGGAUCUUUCUGCUCACAUAGACACAGUAUUUGGGUCUGUAGUGGACUCAACAAAUGAAAAAUCAAACCAUAGUUUGACUGGGUCUACAUCCAUGUCCACCGACUGGUUUCAAGAUGAUCUGGUGGGCGUUUCCAACUCUGUGUUUUCUGGAGGGCCUGAACAGUUAGAAACACUUGCGGAGGUGAAGGGUGGUGUCCAAGAUAACCAAUUGCGGACCACUAGCAGCAAGGCUUCUGAUAAUAAGACUACUGAUAAAGAUGAUGAUUCAUUUGAUGCUUGGAAUGAUUUCGCAAGCUUGAGUAGUGCACCAAAUCUUGUGGAUGGUUCUGUAAAACAAAAUGGUGUUGAUUGGGUUCAAGACAACCAAUUGCAGACCACUAGCAGCAAGGCUCCUGAUAAUAAGACUACCGAUGAGGAUGAUGAUUCAUUUGAUGCUUGGAAUGAUUUUGCAAGCUCGAGUAAUGCACCAAAAGUUGUGGAUAGUUCUGUAAAACAAAGUGGUGUUGAUUGGGUUCAAGACAACCAAUUGCAGACCACUGUCAACAAGGCUGCUGAUAAUAAGACUACUGAUGCAGAUGACGAUUCAUUUGACGCUUGGAAUGAUUUUACUGGCUCAAAUAAUGCAUCAAAUCUUGCAGAUAGUUCUGUACAACAAAGUAAUAAUCAGACAACACCUGUUGAUCACACUUCAGAAAUAAAUUUGUUCGGCGCAGCUAGCAACUCCGGUGACUUGGAUUUUGGUAGCUUUUUGCAACCAGAUUUCUCAGCAGGAGCAUUUAACAGCUCCAGCGGUUCAACUGUAGUGGAUGGAGCGCAGCCAGAGCCUUCUGUAUUAGACAGGUUGGCUGAUGCAAGCACAAACAAUGGGAAAAAAUCUGAAGAUGUGGCGGAGGGCGGAGAUGUUUCCAGUGCAAGAGCAGGAUCGAAAUCUGACGAUGUGGAGAGAAUAAUGUCACAGAUGCAUGAUCUCUCGUUCAUGCUCGAAAGCACUCUUUCAAUGCCUCCCAAGCAAGACGAAUUACAUCCCCCUUCUAAAGAUUGAGACGGAAUUCGUUUAUGAGUUUCUAUCAUGUAAUGUUGGUUGUUCAUAUAAUUCUACUUCUGUUUGUUCCCAAUUUUGUGUUUUAUUCUUUAUAAUCUCAUGUAGAAAUGCUAAGCCAGACUAGAAAGAAAUGACGGUAUCGAGUUCAUGAUUGAGAAUGGAAGAAAUAUGUUGGAAGUAUUUUUU